CGCAUUCAUUGUCGUUAUUGUUAUUCUAUAUAUAAAUGUUUUCUUAACUUUCUGUACAAUUAUAUCCAUUGCCACCGACCUCUCAAACCACACAAUCGCCGACAAACACCAACAAAUCACUUGACAAUUGAAUCGUUCAUAAUAUUGUUGUAUAUUAUUUUGAAUGCAACACAACAUACAAAUGAAAUAUCGAUUUUAUGAACGCAAUCACAAAAUGCCCUUUUGUUUGGCUUAACAAUUGGCGACAAAACCCCACAAAUACUUAUAUAUUAUUUAAUGUAUAAUUUGUUUGUAUAUACCUUUCGCACACAAAUAUCACACACGAAAAACAAUUGCCAUUAUAUGGUGUAUACAACUGAAUGGAUACACAGAAUAAGAUAAUUGAGUUUCAAAGCGAUCGCAUCGAAGAACUGGAGGAAGCGCUGAGAGAAAGCGUUAGAAUAACCGCUCAUAAGGAGUACGAAAUGGAGGGAAAGGAUCUCUGCCUUCAGAGGGCUGAACAACAAGUCGAGAAACUGAUGAGUGACAUGCGAGCCAUGAAUAAGGUGGCCAACGCCACGUGCACUAACUGUCCGCAACUGAAAGUAUAUUUGGAUCAAAUUGAGGGCAGACUUAAGAAACUUCUGGUUGAGCGUAAUCAACACCUCAACGAGAUGUUUGACAUGAAACUGGAGGGUCUGUCGGCGGCAAUCAGUGAAAAAGACGCCCAUUUGGCGCAACUGGAGAUGUGUGGCAUCAGAAACGCUGAUAACGCCAGAGAAGCCGAUAGACUGAGGGCUCAGAAGACAAUUCUGGUCGACAGGUUAAAGUUGGAGAAUGAAAAUCGUGUAAAACUUUUAUACGACACCAAAGAGAUCUUAAUGGAGAUCCAGAGGACGACUCCUACUAAUAAUACGAGUCAUAAUAAUAGUCACAAUAAAAGUAAUCAUAGGACGAGAGAACAGCACAAGAUCUCACUAUAAAUUCCAGUCUAUUGUCUAUUGUCUCAUAAAUAUUUGGAUUAUCGGAAUAUCUUACUAUUGCUUAUACAAUACAACAUCAAUAAUAUUGGCGACAAUAAUAUUAUUGUAAAAAUUCUAAUGAGAAGUAUAUCCAUGGAUUCGUAC